AUGCUCCACCCAUUUAUCCCACGCAUCAUAUGCAGCCUGCCCCUCAGCUGGUGCAACGCCCUCAUCGACUGGAUGCCCAUACCAGCCCUACUUGAGAUGCGCGAAAUCGUGGGCACACUCGACAGUGUUAGCAACACCAUUUAUGCAGAGAAGAAGGCUGCAAUGGAUGGGCGCGCCACGAAGGGUGCACUUGCGGGCGCUGACCUUGGUCCGCUCAUAAGCAUCGUGCUGAAGGCAAGUUCGUCCUCCUCGGAUGCCGACCGACUCACUGAGGUCGAGCUCCUCUGA